AGUCACAUGGUUCCGGGUAGUAGGCGGUGCGCGCUGGUGCGACGUCAACGCAGCCGGCUAAGUUCCCCUGACCUGUGUACUGCGGUCCGGCCCGGCUGAGUCCUCCGAGGGGCCCUGGUCGGGCGGUUUGCUGGCUACUUUUGCAGCCGCUAUGGACAACUCCGGAAAGGAAGCGGAGGCGACGGCGCUGCUGGCCGAGGCCGAGCGCAAACUGAGAAACUCGCAGUCCUUCUUCUCGGGCCUCUUUGGAGGCUCAUCCAAAACAGAGGAAGCCUGUGAAAUCUACGCCAGAGCGGCAAACAUGUUCAAAAUGGCCAAAAACUGGAGCGCUGCCGGAAACGCUUUCUGCCAAGCAGCCCAGCUGCAUCUGCAGCUCCAGAACAAGCACGACGCGGCCACCUGCUUUGUGGACGCUGGCAACGCGUUCAAGAAAGCUGACCCCCAAGAGGCCAUCAACUGUCUGAUGAGAGCAAUCGAGAUCUACACAGACAUGGGCCGAUUCACGAUCGCAGCCAAGCACCACAUCUCCAUCGCCGAGAUCUACGAGACAGAGCUGGUGGACAUCGAGAAGGCCAUCGCCCACUACGAGCAGUCUGCAGACUACUACAAGGGCGAGGAGUCCAACAGCUCAGCCAACAAGUGUCUGCUGAAGGUGGCCGGGUACGCGGCGCAGCUGGAGCAGUAUCAGAAGGCCAUUGACAUCUACGAACAGGUGGGGACCAACGCCAUGGACAGCCCCCUUCUCAAGUACAGCGCCAAGGACUACUUCUUCAAGGCGGCCCUCUGCCACUUCUGUAUCGACAUGCUCAACGCCAAGCUUGCUGUCCAGAAGUACGAGGACCUCUUCCCUGCUUUCUCUGACUCCCGCGAGUGCAAGCUGAUGAAAAAAUUGCUAGAAGCCCAUGAAGAACAGAACGUGGACAGCUACACUGAGGCGGUGAAGGAGUACGACUCCAUAUCCCGGCUGGACCAGUGGCUGACCACCAUGCUGCUGAGGGGCAAGAAGACCAUCCAAGGCGAGGAGGAGGACCUGCGCUAAGCCCCGCCCCGGCGCCUGUCUUCCUGCCCCUCUGCUCUCCCCAGCAGCCCCUCCAAACAUAGCGUGAGCCCAGAGAAAAGUGACCCGGACCUCAGCUGGGACCCUCCCUCCACCCCGCGCCCCAGUCUCACAGGCCACAGUGCAGGCUCACACUGCGUCCGCGCUCCCGAGGCCGGGGCCUGCUGGCUAACCAGUCCCCCCUGUUCUCGUUGCACCUCUCCCCCACCCAUUUAUUUAAGCCCAAGAGGUACCUUUUCCCCCCCAAAACACAGAAUCCGUGACGUAGACCUGUUUGCUAUGGGUGCUGCCAGGGACGGGGUCAGCAUCUGGCCCCUCAUCUCCCGAAUGGCUGGGGCUGGGUGUGAGGUUGGUUUCUGUCUCCCCACUUCUGUCCCCCAGCCAGGCGCUGAGCACAUGUGGCUGCUGAGAUGUGCUCUUGCCACUGGGGGUGGGUCCCUUCCCCCCACCCAGUGCUGGGAGCCUCCCCAGCCCCUGCAGCCCAGGCCUCCCAGGAAAGCCCCAGGCCCUGGAGCUCAGGGUCGUCCUGCACCCGCCCCCACCUGCUCCUGCCGUAGUGCUUCGGGGCUUAUCUGUUGGAAGCUGCGGCUGGCCCCAAAAAGAGAACAAAAAACAACAUUUUUGCAUGAGUCUUUCUUCCUCUUCACCUCUGCUACCCUCUUCUUCCUUGGGAGGGCUGGAGUCCUGUCUUCCUGCGUGCCCCCGUGGCUCUGGUCACCCUGUGUGGGAGAGGGAGAGGAGACCUGGGAGCCCCAAGGAUGUUGGGUUUGCGGAGGAGCCGCGAACCUGGGAAUCUGGAACACCCAUCUUCAUCUGGGGGCCUUGGUUCCCUCGGCUGGGUCGAUGGGUAGCAGUGCCCCUUGGAGCUGGCCGGAGGGUGAGUGCAGCAGUCGGGUGGAAGGGUUAGGCCCCUGCAUCUUCCAGCCUCGCCCAAUUCCACGCCCUGGAGGGAGCACUGGAAGCCCCAGUGGCACUUGUUCCAUGUGUCGCAGGACGGGGGAGAGAGUGGGUACGGGGAGUGGGAGAGAAGAUGACAGGAUCUCUUUGCACAGGAAAGGUGGGUGAGAGCCACCCACCUGCAAACUCCAUGGUGCAGGCCCGUGAGUCAGGUGCACCAUCCAGUGUGCACGUACUUCCACCCUUCGUGGGGGGACAGCUCGGUGCCCGGAGGCAGACAGUGUUCCAGGGCAGGGAUGAUGCUGAGGGGCUGCCUGGGAACCAGCUCAGUUACGACUCCUGAGACGUCCUGGCCGGUUUGGCUCAGCAGUUGGAGCGUCGGCCUGCGGACCAGAGAGUCCCGGGUUCAGUUCCCACUAGGGGCACAUACCAAAAAAAAAGAAGAAGAAGACUCCUGAGACCUGAGAUCGAUUACUGAUGUCUGCCAUGGGCACAGGCUGAAGAAUGGUUUAAGAAGCUAUUUCUGCCAUUUGUGACUGAAAUAGUAAUUCCCAAUCCUUGGCUGUGCUUGCAAUCAUUAAAAGUACUUACGCUUGGAUCACACCCUUAUAAAUUGUGGUUU